CCCGCCUGGCUCCGGUCACUCGGUCGGUCGGCUGCUCCGGUUCCCGUUCCUCUUCCUGGCGCCGGGCGGCUGGUGCGGGCUGGCGCCCUUCUGACCCGGAACUGCUGACGGUUCCCCACGGUCUGGCGCGUUCGACCCGAGGGUCGCUCCCCCGGUCGCUCCCUUUUCCCCGCACCCACACCCCGGCCCGGCCUCCGCGGCUGUCAGGGGGCUGCCGGGCGGGGGCUCCGUCAGUCCGCGGUCAGGCGGGUGAGGCGGGACGGGCGCCGCCCGCCCAGCGCCCGGGCACACGCUCGCGGCCUCCUGGUCUCGUUCAGGCGGAGGACUGGGGGCGGCAGACGCCUCAGAGCUCGCCGCUCACCGAGUGUGCAGCGGAAGGCGACGCGCGACGGGCGAGGACGGAGAACGACCUCGGGUGUGCGUCCGGCCGGCGGAAAAUCUCGAAAGGGCGGGAGGAGUCCGGCAGGUGAUUUUGGGGGGCACAAAAACCUUCUUUGAAGAACUUUGUACAGUGUUGAAGGAUGGCAGAAGCAGUGUUGAUAGAUCUCUUUGGUUUGAAAUUAAACUCUCAGAAAAACUGUCAUCAGACAUUACUAAUGACAUUGAAUGCUGUCCGAAACCACCAUGGUGCCAAGGCCAAGUUCCUUUGCAUAAUGUGUUGCAGUAACAUCAGCUGUGACCAUGAUGAUUGUGAAUUAGAAACAAGCAAUGGAUUAUCUGCUUUCCUGAGAGAAUUUGAGACUGUUAGCAAUUCCAGCAUGGCUGCCUCAUUGUAUACCAUUAAACAAAAAAUUGAUGAAAAAAAUUUGAGCAGCAUUAAGGUAAUUGUGCCUGUGCACCGGAAGACAUUAAUGAAGGCUUUUAUUGGUCAACUCUUCACUGAUGUUUACAAUUUUGAGUUUGAAGAUUUACAGAUGACUUUGAGGGGAGGUCUUUUGAAACAGCCUACUGAAAUAAACAUAAUCACAGCUCAAGAACUAGAGGCAAUCCAGAAUGAAAUAGAAACAUAUUUGAGAAGUUUGCCAACACUGAAAGGAGAAUUAACCAUUAUCACAUCUCCUUUGAUCCCAGAUAUUUUCAUACAUGGAUUUACUACAAGAACAGGUGGGAUAUCUUACAUACCAACUCUUAGCUCCUUCAACCUCUUCAGUAGUUCCAAACGGAGAGAUCCCAAGGCUGUUGUUCAAGAAAAUCUGCGUAGGCUGGGGAAUGCAGCAGGAUUUAACGUGAAGAAAUUUUACCGAAUAAAGACUGAUCAUGCCAAUGAUGUCUGGAUUAUGGGAAGGAAGGAGCCUGAAUCUUACGAUGGAAUCACCACAAAUCAAAGAGGAGUCACAAUAGCGGCUCUUGGUGCUGACUGUAUACCGAUAGUUUUUGCCGAUCCUGUCAGAAAAGCAUGUGGGGUUGCUCACUCUGGUUGGAGAGGUACUUUGUUAGGUGUUGCUAUGGCUACAGUGAAUGCUAUGAUAGCAGAAUACGGCUGUAGUUUGGAAGACAUUAUUGUUGUACUGGGGCCUUCAGUAGGACCUUGCUGUUUUACUCUUCCAAGGGAAUCAGCAAAGGCAUUUCAUAAUCUUGAUCCCGGAUGUGUACGGCUCUUUGGCUCACCAAAUCCCUAUGUUGACAUCCGUAAAGCCACGAGGAUUCUUCUAGAACAGGGAGGAAUUCUACCACAGAAUAUUCAGGACCAGAACCAAGAUCUCAACCUCUGUACCUCCUGUCAUCCUGACAAGUUUUUCUCCCAUGUCCGAGAUGGCCUUAACUUUGGUACACAAAUUGGCUUCAUAUCAAUUAGAGAAUGAGGUAUAGUAGCUUCUCUCUCCCUGCUCCUUCUCCCUUCUCCUCCCUCUUUCCACCUUUCCCUCCCCUCAUUUUAAAAAAUAAUUAAUUAUAUUUAACUUUACUUAUUUAUUCCUAUAGGAAGAAUUAAUUCUCUACUCUUUAGUGAAGCAAUAGUAGUAGAACAGUUAAUUUUCUGUGACAUACUCUAAUAUAAAGAGCAGCUACUUCUUUUCCUAGUUAAUGAAGAAUAUAUUAUAAGUAUAUAUAAAAGUAUAAAAAUAAAAUAAUUUUUUCAUUAAAAAAUCAUGUUAUAUAUGCCAUUUAACUCUCCUAUGUACUUGACAUCUGUAUAUUUUCUUUUUUUGACAUCUGUAUAUAUUUUUUUGACAUCCGUAUAUUUUCUAUCAUAACAUCUUUAUAUCUUUCUUUUUUAAAUUCUUUUAAUUUUUGAGAAGAAAUCUUUACAUAAAAAUUCGAAAUUCUAUAAUGAUAAUACAUACACAGACCAGCCUGGUUUUACAACCAAAUUUCCAGCUGAUUAUCUAUAGUAGGAGUUGGUCAGUUUUCUUUAAAGGGCUAGAUAGUACAUAUUUUAGGCUUUGUGCAACAUGUAGUCUCUGCUCAGCUAUUCAACUCUGCUUUUGUAGAGCAAAAGCAGACAGGAGCAGGAAUGAAUGAGUAUGUCCAGCUUCAGUAAAACUUUAUUUACAAAAUAAAGAUUUGGUCCACAGGGUAUAGUUUGCUGACACUUGAGCUACAAUCAUAGAGCAAGAUUUAGCGUAAUUUCAUUAAAUUAGUAUUUCUUAGAGAUGGACUUUUUUUUUUAGUUAUACAAAAAAUAUUUUGUGACAGUGAUUUGGCACUGACCCUUUAGCAUAUACCUGAUUUUCUUUAAGGUUACUUUUAAUUGAAUUAAUAUCGUUUUUAGGCUUUACAAUGUCUUUAACUCUUUAAUAUACAAAAGGCUUUGAUAGAUUUAGUGAUUCUUACAUUGAUAUUUUAAUAGCACUACUAAUGGCCGCCUCAUAUUUGAUUUCUAUGUAUUUUUACAGAUACUUGACUGGAUUUUUGCAUAACUAUUUCCUGCUUCCUUCCAAACCAACUGUAAGAGAGAAAUUUAGCUGUUUGAUAUACUUAAAACCAAAAGGAUUAUAAUGAAUAAUUCAUCUUUCAGAUAUAUUUUCAUUAUUAUCCAAAGCCAAAUGAUUUCAUUGAUUCUAACUAUAACUGACACAAAAUUAAUAUGAUGUAUUGUGUUGGCCAAAAGGUUUGCUCAGUUAAUGAAUACGUUGUUCAAUAAUGUUCUUGGUGAAAAUGAAAAAUGUGUCUUUUAUUUUUACUUAAACCCAAAUGAACUUUUUGGCCAACCCAAUAGUUUAUAUGUUACACAGAUAAGGAUUAUUCUUAAAGUUUGUAGUCUGUAUUUGUUAUGUAAAUCAGGAAUAGGUCUAUUCAGUUUAGUAUUUAUUGGGUAGCCUCUAUUUGUCAAGUGUUGUGUGAAUCAUAGGUGAAAUCAAGAUGAGUAAUACUUUUUCCCUUUGAGUCUAAUGCAGUGGAAGAGAUAAACACUUCUAACACUUUAAUUUUAAUAGCCAAAGAGUACAGGAGAAGGGAGGAUUAAUUCUAUGUGAAAGGCAGAAUAGAGAAGGUAUUACAGGGAACAUGAUUUACCACAUGCGCCUGAAAGAUGAUGUAUAGGCUUUUGACAAAUAAAGAACAGCCAUAACAGGUAGAGGGAAUACCAUAAACUAGGGCGUGAAGCUGUACGUGUAUAACAUGUUCUGCAAAGAGAAAGGUGUGGGCAGGAGUUACUGGAAAAACAGGUUAGAAACAGAUUAGUUCAGGUCUUGAAUACUGUGAGAGAGUUUGGAGUUUAUUUUCCAGGCAAAGAGUAGGCAUAGAAAGUAGGAGAGUGUUUUUAUGUCCUUGGCAUUAUAUUUAACAGGAUGGAUUUAACUUGUGAGAGACUAAAGCAGAGAGAUUAGUUAAGAGGCAGUCACGAUACUUUUAAAAAGAAAUAAUGAAACCUGAAUGCAGUGGAAAUUAAAACAGAGGCAAGAGUAGAUGAAUUAGCGAGACAUUUCAGAGAUGGAAUCUGCAGAUCCUGUUCCUAGAUCAUGGAGGUAAGAGAUGAGGAAGAGUGGAGAAGUCCCUGAUGCCUCCACAGUCUCUGCUUGGCUGACUACCUAGAGUGGCAGCAAAGAUGGGGAAGAGGUUUGGGGCAAUGGGGAGGGAUGAUGAGAUUGACACAAAGACUGAAGUACAUCCAGAUGGAAAUUAUGUGGUCAACAAUUAGAAAUAGAGACCAGGAACCUGGGAGGGAGUUGCGAAAAAGACAGCAAUUUGGGAGUUGGCUAUGCAGAGGCAAUGCCCGAGUCUGCUGGAAUAGGCUGGAUCAUCUCCGUAGAAACAUAGAGUGAGAAGAAGGGAGGUCCAAGGAUGAAACCUCAUGCAACACUUGCAUUUGGAGAGCCAGAAGCUGAACCAGUCAAAACGAUUGAUCCUAGAAGAAAAAAAUGUAUAGUCAUUUUGGAGAAAGAAGCCAGCAUCGAUAUGAGAGGAAAAGAAAUCUUCAGGGAGUUCCCUGGUGGCCUAGUGGUUAGGAUUUGGUGCUUUCACUAUGGAGGCCCAGAUUUGAUCCCUGGUCCGCAUCCUGCAUGCCAUUCAGCGUGGCCAAAAUACAAAAAUAAAUAAGUAAGUUAAAAAAAAAAA